AUGGACAACGUCGGCAUGAGUACCACCCCCGCUUUCACGUCCGAGGCGAGUGAGAAAACCUUCGAUGAGUCGCACAACAAGCUCAAAUUCGACCGGAACCCCCAACAGAACGCGCACGAGAACAUCGACCGAUCAUACUCUGAUCCCGAGGACGAAAGCAAUACCAAGCGUCUAACUACCGUUAACCUACAGAAAAAGGACUUCGCCGUCCAACGUCCAGGUCCCGAGUUGGGGGCCGAGUGCAUCGCCUGUACGGAGACAGUCCCAGACGCGGAUAUCGUAACGGUGCCUUGUUCCCACCGAUACUGUCGGACAUGCAUCACCCAGAUCUUCGAGGACGGGCUAAAGGCCGGGGCGUCCUGGCCGCCGCACUGCUGCGAGAUCUUGAUCCCUGUGCCCCAUGUGCAUUCGUACAUCGGAUCCAUUCUGAGCCAGCAGGCCGUGCAGAAGAACGCCGAGGACGCGGAUCGCAAACGCACCUGCUGCGCCGGGGAAGACUGCGGGUUGUACGUGCCGCCCCAGUUCCGAAAGGAUAAGACGCGACAGUGCACCAAAUGCAAGACCAAGACAUGUACCACGUGCAAGAGGCUAGCGCACCGGGGAAAAUGCCAUCCGGAUGGGCUGCUUCGCAAAUUGGCUCGCAAGAAGGGGUGGCGGCGGUGUCAGAGUUGUGGACACAUGAUUGAGAGAUCUGGCGGUUGCUCUGAUAUGACGUACGUUAGAGACCAUUCAUUUGCGUGUGAAUUAAAAGUCGACUGUCACUGA